AUGGCGACGCGCGCAGCCGCGCCCGCGCCGCGCUCGACGGCGGCGCGCGAGAGCGCGGGUCGCGGGAGAACCCCGCGCGCUCGCGCGGAACGAGCUUCGAUCCCGCCGCGCCGCGAGAAUGAAAAGUGCCCGCCGCGCGCGAUUCCAUGCCGCGCGCAUCCGAACAAGCGACGCGCGCACCGCGCGGACGACCUCGUGACCCCGCAAGGCCGGUACCCCGCGCCGUGGGCCACGGACCUCGCGCAGAUCUUCUCCUGGGACGACAUCCUCCAAGCCUCCGCGCGGGGCGGGACGCCGGGGUCCGGGGAGGACGACGAGCGAAUGCCGAAACGCAUCGUCCUCGACGGCGCGAACAUCGCGUGGUCGCUCGGGACGUCCAUCCGUUCGCGGUUCAAGUGCCGUCAGUUCCCCCUCUCCGCGGGCAUCGUCGCCGCGUUGGAGCACGAACCGUGGGCGAGACAAAACUACGACGUCGUCGCGUUCGUGCCCAAGGAGUACGUCGUCGGAACGCUCAACGCGCUCGCGGACGGCGGCGGCCGAGCCACGCUCAACGCCGACGUCGUCAAGUACCUCGGAAAGAAUCUGUGGGUCAACACGAGGCUCAUGGACCUCGUCGACGCGGGGAAGGUGAAGAUGGUGUCGAGAGACGCGGGGUCGGAGGGCGCGAAGAGCGACGACCUGACGAUCAUCGAGUACGCGAAAGAUAACGACGCGUGGAUAUGCAGCAACGACCAGUUUCGAGACCACCGAAGGAACCGGAGCCUCGGGUUCAGCGGCGCGAGGGAUCUUAAGGCGUUCGCGCGGAGCCGGAGGUUCGAGCACGCGUUCAGGGUCGCGCCCGGGCUAGACGACGAGCUGUUGACCGCGAUGCGAAACGCGAGCGGGUGGGUCGCGAACGUCGGCGUGGCCAACGCGACGCGCGUGGACGGCUCGCCGGUGCCGGAGAAGGUGAAAGCGGGCGGCCGCCGCGGCCCGGGCGGCGGAUUUCGGAGACGACUGGUCGACGUCGGCGGCGCGAGAGGGCGCGCGUUGGAGGCGAGCGCGGACUUGGAGGAGAAUAUCAUGGCGUCGAUGAUGGACGACGACAUCAUGGAGCGGGGGGGUGGGGAUGGGGACGGCGAGAGCGGCGGCGAGGAGGACGAGGAGGAGGACGGAGGCCCGCGGACGAGGAACGAUCACGAAAACGCGUUGAACGGCGUGCCGGCGUAUUACGCGAUGCCGCAGAGCGUGCUGCCGGUGUUUUUUGAGCCCGCGCCGACCGCGGCGAUGAUCGCGGCGAGGCAGUCGUUCUUGAAGCGGCAAGGGUGGGAGAUGACGACGAUGGGCGGGAAGUGA